UCCAACCAACACAGUAUUCACGUGAACGACUGAAAGGCGGGUUUUUCGCCCUUGAGACCUCGUCACUACUUAAUGCCUAUCCACUCCAUUCUCCGUCCAUAGCUAGAUCGCUAGAUUGCCGUUGUAAUAAACCCUAGAUCCCUUAUUUUCAACCGCUAGAUCUUUCCUCUGUGAAAUACUAUCCUCCAAAUCACAAUGUAUCCGGAUGAUGCUCGAUCCUAUGAUGCAGGAGACGAUCAUCCAUCCCUGGAUGCUUCUGAGAUACCAACUUUUUUCAAAACCAUGGUGCCCACUGUUGCUCGAAUCUAUAAUGUUUUUGAAUCCGGCACGCUAUCCUUGUUUGCAGCUGGUGUUGUGAUCUCACCUUAUGGCCACAUCCUUACUAUCAACACCGACACCGGCACUAACAGAACAGGAAUGCAUGUUUGUUUUAAAGAUGAUGAUGAAGGAUUCAAGGCGGCUAUCUGUCAUGAAUAUGCUGAUCAUCCAUUUUUAUUGCUCAAGUUGGAGUCAGAGAGGGAGGACUUUCCCUAUGCACGCCUCGCUACCUCUGCAGCUGUACAAGGCAGUGAGAUUCAUUUUAUUCAUGUCUUUUUUAAUAAUGCGUAUCGAUAUCUUAAAGGAAUGGUUUCAUGUCCGAACAGAAACUUGUCAUCUGUUAUCAUGAGUAAAGAAGUGCAACAAAUAGUUGCACCUAGCAUUAAGCAUGCUUAUCACAAGAGAGUUCCGAUACAAUUUGUGGAGGUAGGAGCUAUUUAUGGCAGCGAGCAUGUGUGUGGCACCCCAUUUUUUAGCAAGAAUGGGACUGUUGUUGGCAUCUACUAUUUCAGUGCCUUUAAUCUAGCUUAUGGAUUUAAUCUGGAUUACCUGGAGACGAUGUCCCCUGCUUGGGAGGAAAAGAUAACCGAGUGUCAACCAGCAAGGCGGACCAAACUUACCUCCGACGGAUUGGCCUCCGGUUCUCAAUCUGGGGGGCAGCGUGCUAUGUAAGCUGCGGCGGCUGCUGUGGUGACCGGUGACCAAUUCAUCAUAUUGCUACCACAACACUUAGUUUUAGCAUGACUGGUCUCUGAUGCUUGUUAUUAAUGUUCAUUUCCUGUUCCAUCUAUGCUUUUCUUUUGUAUUGACAAUACCCACCCCCAAAACCCCCUUUUUCUGUCCUGGUGUUUAUGUUACUGGUCUUUAGUUUAUGUUUAA